AUGUGUGAUCAAACUUUUGCAGCCAUAAGUUGUAUCUGUACAAUUACUUUACUUGUUUCUAGGUCCCUGCUGGAGCAAGUGUUUAAUGCCGUAGUCACAGUCGAUGUCCUGGAUUCAGGAGACUCCGCCCACUUGGCUCUGAUGAAGCGACCAGAGUUGGGCGUCACCUUCACAAAGUUCCACUGCUGGACCCUCACCCAAUACACAAAAUGCGUAUUUCUCGAUGCUGAUAUGUUGGCUGUACAGAAUCCAGAUGAGCUCUUUUCCCAUCCAGAGCUGACAGCAGUUUGCGACAUUGGUUGGCCAGACUGCUUCAACUCCGGAAUGUUCGUGUUCGUUCCCUCCCAGGACACAUACGCCAAGUUGCUUCACAUGUCAGAAACCACUGGAAGCUUUGAUGGUGGUGAUCAGGGCAUUCUUAACACAUUCUUCCCCAACUGGAACCGUGUGUCUUUCGUAUUCAACAUGGUUGCCUCUGCUACAUACACCUACUUGCCAGCCUACAAACAAUUUGGAGGGAAUGCAAGGCUGGUCCACUUCCUCGGUGCUACAAAGCCAUGGCACUACCGCUUCGACUCCACAAGCGGCACCGUCCAGACUGGUCCAGGUUACCAACACCUUACUCCUUACCUCAAUUCUUGGUGGGCCAUUUACACACGCCUUGUCAAACCCAAUGUUCCUGAAAUGGAUGUUCAAAAAGCAGUGGAGGUAAAGUCUCCUGUCGAAACCAUCCAGAUUGCGCAGCAGAUCAGUGGCAUGCACAUUGGUGCCGAGUCUCUCCAAGAGGGCCAGGCAAGGUGGGAGAGAGGAGAACCUGACUACCUGGGCCGCGACUCCUUUGCAAACAUCCAGGCCUACAUCGACUCCAAGAUCAAAGGCAAUGGAAAGUAGAAAUGCCACCGGACUCAGAGCAUGAGUUGCGUGCAGAAUGUUUCAAGAUACUAUGCCUCGCUUGGAUAUCUGAUGUUGAUCAGGGCAGUAACUGUGAUUAGCAACUGUAAAUGAGAUUUUUUGUAGUAAUGUUGAUCUCCUUUCUUGGGGAAAGAAUUGCAGACGGUUAAACAAAGGAUACAGUUGUUUCAGAAAAUGUUUCAACAGACCAUGUCCACUUACUUGCCAGUGUCAUCAACAGAGGGUUCUAAGUGUGAACUUUUUCUAUAUUCAAAUCUAUUUCAUACUCUGUGGCAUAUUACAUAAUCUUCACUUUAGUGAUGAUGUUUUCAAACUUUUUUUUUUUUCUCUCUUCAUUCAUUAAGGAAGAUAACAUCAGACAGCAAAUAGAUGCAGUAGCAAGUGACAUGCCAUAAGAAGCACCUUCUUGAGCUUCUGACAAUGUUGAGGCUUUGAUGGCCUUAAAGACUGCAGCUUUCAUUAUGGUUUUGCUCCUACACUGCUUACUGUUUGAUUUAUAGUGAAUCUCGAUUUUUUUUAUUUUAUUUAUUUUUUUUCCUUUAUUAUUAUUAUUAUUAUUUUUUUUUUUUUUUACCUCUUUUGUUAUGCACAUGCAGUGUACUGUUGAUUGGUUAACAGUCUAGUCUAAUUUGUUGCUCAAAUUUUUGUUUUUUUGUUACGGUUGACUCAGUGCCUUUAAAGGGGUAUGAUUGAAAGUGGGGUUGUGGGUUUUUUGACAGUGACAUUAGGACAUGAUACAGAACAGCUCUCAUGCAAUGUUGGGUAAUUUAACUGUAAUAUAAAAUAAAAGAUAAUUAAAUUUAUGAACAAAUAUCUUGUGUUCAGACAUUCCGUUUUACCCAAAAUACUUAACACUAAAAAUGGUUCUUGAUUCAUGUAUUGUGCCAAAUAAUUGGUGUGUGCCAAUUGAAUAAAGAAAAGAAAUUGA